UCUUCCCUAAAAUGCUUCGCCGUCGUAGAUCAUCGAAGAAAAAGCUGCUCUAAUUUCUGUGGGGAGAGAGAACGAAAGAAGAGAAAAAGGAGAGAGGUAGAGCGAUUAACUGGCAGCCGGAGCUCUGAUUAUGGCCGCAUAGGCUCAGCAAAGGGCAGGCCCUGGCAGCGCAGGAUUGCCUUGACUGCUGUAAGUGACUGAUGCUCGGAGUACUUUGUGCUCGUCCUAAGCCUUGGAUUCUCGUUUCCCUCUCCAAUUUUAUUCACGGCUCGGCCGCUUACCAUCACCACCACCAUCAAAGCCGGCUACUCGUUCAGAGUCCCAUCCAAUUCGAUCGGCGACAGCGCCACCAUUCCAGCGCCUGCAAGCUCGUGGUCGGUGGUGCUGCUUCGAUAUGGCACGCUAUAUUGCCCUCUGGUGCGGGAAGCAGUAGCAAUCUCUGCCGUCCGGCGAUUCACUGCCAUGAGCGCAAAGGAGAGGGAUCUUGGAAUGUCGCCUGGGACGCUCGCCCAGCCCGCUGGCUUCACCGUCCCGAUUCGGCUUGGCUGCUGUUUGGCGUCUGUGCCUGUAUUGCGCCGCUUGAUUGGGUGGAUUCAAGUCAUGAGGCUGUAUCGUUAGAUCAGAAGAAGGAAGGGUGUGAAUCGAGCGCUCCUGGAUUUAAUCAAGACGAUGAGAGCUCCGCUGAUUACAGGGUGACAGGUGUGCUAGCGGAUGGUCGGUGCUUAUUUAGGGCAAUCGCUCACGGGGCUUGCUUGAGAAGUGGGGAAGAAGCUCCCGAUGAUGAUCGUCAAAGAGAACUCGCUGAUGAAUUAAGGGCUAAGGUCGUGGAUGAGCUCUUAAAGAGGCGGAAGGAAACAGAGUGGUAUAUUGAAGGAGAUUUUGAUGCGUACGUGAAGAGAAUUCAGCAACCUUUCGUGUGGGGUGGAGAACCUGAGUUACUAAUGGCAUCUCAUGUCCUGAAGACACCGAUAUCAGUAUUCAUGAGAGAGAGAAGCUCAGAUGGCCUGAUAAACAUAGCAAAGUAUGGUCAGGAGUAUCAGAAGGGUGAAGAAGAAAGUCCUAUCAACGUGCUGUUUCAUGGGUAUGGUCAUUAUGACAUAUUGGAGACCUCGUCCGACAAAGUUUCACUGAAACUAAGCAUGUAGAAAUUGAAAAUGGCUUUCAAUCUGGGUUGGACAGAUAAAAAGUCAUUUACAUUAGGAUUAGACAACUUUCUCCAAAAGUUGAAUAAAACUUGCAUUGAUUUCAAUAAUUGGCACCAACAACCUCAUUUCAAGCGAUUGGCUUGUAAAAGUUUUGUAGGUAAUUGAUUUUCUGUUAUGCUUUUAAAUUUAAAAAAAAUGUUUGUGGACUUCAACUUGGCAAUUCAAUUCUGGGUGUUUUGGUGCAUUGCUUUC